AUGUCCGGCACAGACAUUGGCCCGGCCCAAGGGGCAGGCAACAAUGCGAGCGAAUUCGUUCGCAAGUUAUUCAAGAUGUUGGAGGACCCUUCGCAUCAGGACGUCGCACGAUGGGGAAAGGACGGGGACUCGUUUGUCGUAGUUGAGGGCGAGAAAUUUACUCGAUCCAUCCUCCCCAAGCAUUUCAAGCACAGCAACAUGUCUAGCUUCAUUCGUCAGCUAAACAAAUACGAUUUCCACAAAGUCAAGCCAUCUGCUGAUGCUGAUGGUUCGGCACCGAGCGGCAAUGUCCUCGAAUUCAAGCACCCAUACUUCCGCGUCGAUAGCAAAGACGAUCUCGACAAUAUUCGCCGCAAAGCGCCUGCUCCUAGGAAAACGCAACCGCCCGAGGAUUUCACGACGAGCCAGCAUGUCAGCGUCAUUUCCGAACAGCUCACCGCCACCCAGCAGCAGGUUCAGCAGCUGCAAGAACUAUUUGCCGAAGUCUCGCAAACCAACCGACUACUCGUCAACGAAGUCCUGACCCUCCAGAAAAUGGUCAACGCACAAAAGGGCGCUCAACACGAAAUGCUCAACUACCUGACCAUUUACCCCGGCCGCACGAACGCCCUGAUGAACCGCCCAAUGGCCUCUAAUGGAGCCGUUGCGCAGCCCGAUGGCGACGAAUUAGCACCCGAACUACGUAGAGCGCGAGAGCUCUUGGCCAGCGUCGCGCCUGAUGUCAUUGCCGAUCGCGAACUCGAGCGUCUGCACGACGUGUACGGCCCAAUGACUGACUCAAGCGCCAUGGUUACCCCCGUCACCAUGCCCGUGAUGCAUGACCCGAUCACCGACCUCAGCCGAUACCCCGUCUACCCAGUCGGUCAAACUGUUGGCAUCGAUCCUUUUGCUUCUGACCACAUCCAGAAGCUUCCAUACGCCAUGCCAGGAGAUGCUGCUGCCGCCGGUGCGCUCGCUGAUGCCCACCACCAUGCGCAGCAACAUACACCGACUUCAUCGGGCCCGACCCCCAUCAUGGGAACUGCGGCGCCCGCGAAUUCAAGAGAGGCGCCGGCCAUCUGGGGGAUCAAGAAGCCCCAGGUUUUCCUCGUUGAAGAUGAUCCCACUUGCGCUAAGAUCGGUAUCAAAUUUCUCAAGUCCAUGGGGUGUGAAGUUGAGCAUGCCCCUGAUGGUGCUGAGGCUUAUAAUCGAAUGAACGCCGUGGGGAGAGAGUACUUUGACCUGAUUUUCAUGGACAUUAUCAUGCCUAAGCUCGAUGGUGUCUCUGCCAGCAUGUAUAUACGACAGCAGUGCCCUUCGACCCCGAUUAUUGCCAUGACUUCGAAUAUUCGUCCGGACGAAGUCAAUGGAUAUUUCGAACAUGGUAUGAAUGGCGUUCUGGCAAAACCUUUCACAAAAGAAGGCAUGCUCAAAUCGGUAAAAACGCACCUCGCUCACUUGCUCAAAAACCCCCCUCCCGCCGAUGGUGCUGGCGCAUUCAUUAUGCCUGCCAUCGCAUUCAUGGACGGCGCGACACCCGUCAAGCUCGAACCACAAACGGCUGGUUCGGCGAGCAAUUGGCCUCCCAACAAUGGCAUGUCGCAAAGCGACGUUGAUCACGGAUACGGCAUGGUGAAUGGUGCUGCAGGGUAUCCGAUGGCGGGUGGAGGCCGGCAACCAUAUGGACCGGGCAUGGACGGCUCGUCAGCGCGAAUGGCGCCGGAUCACGAAAGUCCUCCGGAGAAGCGCCAACGGCUCAAUGCGCAAGGCAAUUUCUCGUGA